UUUUGUCAAUAUUUUGAAUUCGGGAAGACGUACAUCAUUUAAAAGACAUUUUAAUAUACAAUAAAAUGACUGGUAUUCCAAAACUUCCUGGCUAUACUUUUACUGACCCCACACAUACAAAAUUCCACAUUUGUCAGACAUUUGAUGUAAUAAACGGUUACAAAUUACCCAAAAACAAAUUUUGUGGCCCUGGAGGGAGGGAGCUACCAUCGAAUUCAGUUAAAUGUUUCAACCGACAGGAUGUCGCCAUGUUUGAUCCUUCUUUAAUGUACGGCAGGACAAAAACUGAGCAGUUGCCGCAGUUUAUUCCACACUACGUCCUUUAUUCUCAGAAGUGUCUGACCUUUAAGGCUUUCUUCAAGCAAGGUGUAGUGGAGUCUCCGAAUGAGUUUUACAGGAUUAGAAAAGUUAAUAUUAUAUACUUUUUAGAAGAUGAUACUAUUACAGUUAUUGAGCCCAGAACAAAGAAUAGCGGAAUCGAUCAAGGCAGAUUGAUUCGAAGAGGAAAAAUUCCGAAAAACGAAAAAGGUGUUUUUUGGCAUUGGAAAGAUUUAAAUGUGGGCAAAGAUUUAGUUUUUAAUGGAAUAGUUUACCACACCGUAGAUUGUGACAAAUUCACAAGGGAAUAUAUGGCAAGUCAAGGUCUAAUUAUGCAAGAUGCAGAAGAAAUGCCUGUAGAUCCCUACACUUUUAACAGGGAAUUGACAGUACAUAGUAAUUUUUCUAAAAGUAAAUCUGUUGAUGACAAAAUGAGAAGAUUUUUGGAGUAUGAUGGAAAGGUUUUGAAAUUUAAAGCAGUAUGGGACGACAGGGAAAAUGAAUAUGGUGACUUGAUGAAAUAUGAAAUUCUGUACUUUUUAUCAGACGAUACUGUGGUGGUAAAAGAAAUACACGAAAAAAACGAUGGCCGAGAUCCGUAUCCACUAUUAUUACGAAAAAUGAAGUUGCCCAAGAGAUAUACAGACACACCAUCUACCUAUCCAGCCAUCUAUCUGGAACUCUCAGACGCAGAAAUAACCGAGUACUACCAACCCAAAGAUUUCCAAGUCGGAGAAACCAUAUUCGUCCUUGGACGUGACAUGUUACUGUACGAUUGUGACAAUUUUACCAGGAACUAUUUUAAAAAAGCAUUAGGCAUCGAACAAAGACCCGCUAUAGAUAUAAGCGAGCCGAACAAUAAGAAGCCGGUGAGGCAGAUCCCUCCACAUGACGGACUUGGAUCGUUAGAAGAUUCUUUACAAAAUACUCUUUCUUUUCUGCCCAAAGCGCCGAAGAAAGAUGUCAUGAGGCAGUUGGUGAAUGCUAAUAAAUAUUUGAGGUAUGAAUUGGUGAUGGAUACAGUACACCCUGAGGAUUCGAUUCGGAAGUUUGUGAUGUCUUAUUCUUUGGCGGAUGGCACGUGUAAAAUUUUAGAACCUCCAAUUAGAAAUUCUGGCAUUUUGGGUGGAAAAUAUCUCUCAGCGACGUUGUUGAAAAAACCAGGCUCUGAUCCACUCAACCUAGACUAUUACUCUCCCCUCGAUUUCUACAUCGGAGCAAUAAUCUCAGUUUUUAACCAACGAUUCAAGAUUGUAGGAGCAGAUCUCUACGUUUACAGAUAUAUGCAAGCAAACGCUAACAAAUUUCCUUGCGAAGUUAUCGAGAAUCUAAGAAACUAUAUGUUCAAUAAAGGAUACCUAAAAGAAGACGUGGAUGAUCAAUUAAAAGAGGACAACGAGUCCAAGCGACUCGAAUGGGAUAUCGAUACAAAUAAUCAACGUCCAGAUAAAUCGAAUUUGGAAGAAUGCUACCAAAGAUUAGGCGUCGGAGCUGGUACUGAUGCAGCUAAGGAAAAAGAAACCAGGGACGAGAUUCGUCGACAAUACGAAGAAUCCAUAAUUCACAAAUCUUCAGUGUUGCCUUACGGCAUUAAACCGCUGAAGAAAGAUUGCCGUUACCCGGUGGUUAUUGGUGAUGUCCAUAAAGGUACUUGCAAGGAUGUUGAACAAGCUGGGGAAUACACUUCUUAUACACCAAAACAUAUCGACACACCGGAAGAAAUCAGAGCGAAAUACUACUCAGGCGUAUUAAAAGCACAAAAAGACAUUUGCGACGACCCGAAACCUACUGAAUGCAUUAGUCCACCACCCAGAGACAUUAAUAAAGCUUGCGAUGAAGAAGAAAACCCCAAACCGAAGUAUAUCAUGGUAACCAGACCUAAUAUUCCAGAACAACAGUGCAAAGGUAAGACUGUGACAUUUGCUGAAGAAACGGAUGAUAGAUGUGCUAGAGACAGGUAUGAUUUAUGCGAUUUGAAGGCAGAAAAAACUCAUUGUGGAUGCACCGAUUACCAAAAGGAUUGUAUUCACUCGUUGCCACAAAAAUAGCUAUGAUGUAGAUGGAUUGGACAAUUUGACUGAGUAUAUUAAACAUUAUUGUGAUUAUUAUUGUCUAAAAAUAUACAAAUAUU